AUGGAGGCCGCGGGCGGCGGCGGCGGCCCCGAGGAGGCUGCGGCGGCGCUGGCGGAGGAGCGCGUGCGGGCCUGGGCGGCGGGGCAGGCGGCGCGCGGGCGGCGCGUGGCGCUGGUGACGUCGGGCGGGACGCAGGUGCCGCUGGAGGCGCGCGCCGUCCGCUUCCUGGAGAACUUCAGCAGCGGGCGGCGCGGAGCGGCCUCGGCCGAGCGCCUGGUGGCGGCCGGCUACGGCGUCUGCUUCCUGCACCGGGCCCGCUCCGCCUUCCCCUGGGCCAGGGCCCUCCCGCCGCCCGGGCCCGCGCUGCUCGACGCCCUCUGCCUCGACCCCGGGCCCCCGCCCUGCGUGACCGCCGACCCCGCCGCUCUCCCCGCCCUGCUGCCCGCCCUCCGUGCCUAUCGCCGGGCUACCGAGGAUGGGGCGCUGCUCGCCAUCGAGUUUACCGGGCUCACCGAGUACCUGGCGCUGCUGCGAGCCGCCGCCCGCGCCCUGGCGCCCCUCGGCUCCAGUGUGAUGUUCUACCUGGCAGCUGCCGUGUCAGACUUCUACAUCCCGGCCUCAGAAAUGCCUGAGCACAAGAUCCAGUCCUCAGAGGGACCCCUGCAGAUCACGAUGAAGAUGGUGCCCAAAAUGCUCUCUCCUCUGGUCAAGGAGUGGGCCCCGGAGGCCUUUGUCAUCUCCUUCAAGCUGGAGACCGAUCCCCUGAUCCUGCUCGAUAAAUCCCAGCAGGCGCUGGAGAAGUACCGGCACCAGGCGGUGGUGGCCAACGUGCUGGAGUCGCGGCGCACCGCCGUCACCAUCGUCACCAGGGACUCCCAGGCCCCCCUGGCCCUCUCCCAGGAGGAGAUCGCUCAGGGGGUGGAGAUAGAGGAGAAGAUAGUCAGCUACCUGCAGGCCCAGCACACUGCCUUCAUGGGCAGGGAGGGCUGAGCAGCGGCUGCGGGCCGGACCGGGGAGGCUGUGCCGGAGGCAGGAGCAGAG